UUACAUUGACACUGAAGAUAGCGCGCUCACACUGGUUGCACGCUCAAUUGUGGGGACGAUUGAGGGUUUACGAUACUAAACAAAGGCAAGAGUUACAGAUUAUUAUUUAUCACAAGGAAUAAAUAUGGAUUGUUCUGAAGAGGUCCAGCCACUUUCAGAUGAAGCCAGUACUCCGAUCGAGUUAAAGAAAGGCAUGUCAAUAUUUUUGGAUAUAUUGAGAAGAGCUGACAAAAAUGAUGAUGGGAAGCUGUCCUUUGAAGAGUUCAAGGCUUAUUUCUCAGAUGGCGUUCUGUCGGGAGAUGAACUGAAGGAGCUUUUCCAUAUGAUUGAUACUCAUAACACGGACAAUGUGGACACAGAUGAACUCUGUGAAUACUUUUCUCAGCACCUUGGAGAAUAUAAAAAAGUUCUUGCUGCCUUGGAAGACCUGAAUGUCUCCAUUCUGAAAGCCAUGGACAAAACCAAGAAGGAGUACCAAGAGUCCACACAUUUGGAACAGUUUGUGACACGCUUCCUCCUGAAGGAGACCGCCAGUCAGCUUCAGUCUCUGCAGAGCUCUCUGGAGUGUGCCAUGGAGACCACAGCUGAACAGACCCGACAGGAGAGACAAGGUCCUGUAAAGCCUGAGGUGCUGUCGAUUCAGUGGUCAGGACGGAGAUCUAAUCGAAGACUUCAAAGGAAUAACAGCUUGUCUCCAAACAACCCACUUACCAACUUCGUCAAUUCAGGUCUAUAUGAAGAGGACAACCAAUGGGUGACUCAGAUAAACAGACUGCAAAAGCUGAUCGAUCGUCUUGAAAAAAAGGAGCUGCGUCUGGAGCCUGUUGAAGAAGAGGUGUUGGAUAGCACCACCAAAUCACACAUUUUGAUUGUACAGAGGCAGUUCUCAGUGCUGGAGGAUGAGGUGGAGGAGUUUCGUCUGGCUCUCAGACAGUAUAUUGACUGCACCAGUGUCCAGACCGGCUGCCUACAUGUUGCAGUUCAGAGGCUUUCCAAUGAAUCCCGCUUCAUACUGUAUGAAUUCUGGGAGCAAAGCAAUGUGUGGAAAAAUCAUCUCCAGACCAAUUACAGCAAAACCUUCCAAAGAGGAAAUGUGGAUUUCUUAGAGACACCAGAAAUUAUGACAACUAUGCUGGUUCCAGGUGAACAAAAAACUCUCUCUGAUGGCAAAAGAUGGCAAAAUCCAAAGCUGACACACUAUAGUGAUGCCAGAAAUUACGCAGAUCACACUCGAUUGAAAUCUGUGUCCCUUUGUCAUCAGGAAGUGACCACUUGUGUUCAUAUUUGAUGUGUAGUCAUGGUGACAAGCACUUGCUGUUGUAACAUUGUUAGCUCUAUAUGAAAAGUGCAAACUCUAGACGAUAGCAAAUAAAGCAAUGAUAUAUUUAUUCUGUAGCGCUCUCUGACACCAUAGAUGUUUCAUCAGAAAUAUGCUAUUUGUUAAUCUUUGAAUUGAUAGUACGGUGAUGUGUACUGUCAUAUUAUGUACUGUUUGUCUAUAGAACAUGACUGUGUCUCUUAUGUAGCAGUUCUUGCAAUCUCGUUAAUCCUGAUAAUAUCAGACCAUUUCUUUGAAAAUAUAUAAUUGGUUUAUUAUUUUUUUAUGUACUGUAGUUUGUCAUCUCUAAAUAAAAAUAUGACAA